GGUUAUGGGAAUGUUCUUUACGGAAGUUGUGUGUGAAAAUUCUUGUUUUUGAAAUGCAGUGGAGCUUUGCAUGAUAAGACCUGAAAUGUUACCCAACCUAUAAUACUACCUGGUUAAGAUCCCCGAUUGAUGCUCCGAAGGAAACGAAGCGACUUUGAAAUGGGCAUCAUCAUUUUACACAUAAUUACUGUAUGCCUAAUAUAUUGUUCAGGCAUUCGUGCGACGCAUCCAGGAGAAGGAGAUGAUUGCGACGUGCUAAAAAUGACACAGUUGUUUGGACGUUUUGAAGUAGCGGCGAACUUGACUAAAAAUGGAUUCCACAGAGAUCUUUCAUACACUGUCCAAUUUGAUACUCCUCUCUCCGGGGAAGUCGAGGCCGUUUUGAUUCAGAAUAUACCCAGUGGCAUGUAUAUGGACUUUUAUCAAUUGCAAUCCUUGAGGACAGAUUCUGGUUUACAUGUAUUACUCGAUUCAGAAGUGGAUCUAGAGGCACCAGCUUAUGAAUCGCCAGGAUUUCUUGCAUUCAUAUAUCCCCAACCUGAUCCUUCAGCUCCAGGGCAUCUCACUGCAACAGUGCCUGUUCAUGGCCGAUACCACAGGCCUGCUGAAUCGGGAGCAGGUGAAAUUGUGGAGCUCCAGCAUCCAAAGCUGCUUCUAAAGUCAGAUAACUGCAAAAUUGGCAAAGCACUUCAGUCAAGUCCCCCUCACAAGACGGUACAAGCCCCUUGUUCAGUACACAACCUGAGCAAUUGCACAUGGCUUGACAUUGAAAACUUACAGGCACCGGCAGUUAAACUGACAUUGCCAGUGGGGGACAAGUCUCUGACAUUCCUUGUGUGUGUAGGAACUCUGAUCAUCACGGUUCUUUGUAACCUUAUUCUUACUGUGGCCAUCUGGAAAAAUGCACUAUUUGACAUGCUUUAACGUUUUUUUUGGUUUCUUUCUUUUUUUGUUUUUGUGUUUUUGACAAAUGUCUUUAUCCAGACAUCUGGGAUAAUAGCCAUGAUGUGAUAUGCUGCUCAAUUUUUUAAAUUGAAAAUAAAGAAGUUUGAAAAUGAAAAA